AUGCCUCCACAAGUUUCAUAUAAUGUUAAAUUGAAAACAUGUCUUAAGAUGUGCAUACAAAGGUUCAGGUAUGCAGAGGAGAAGCAACAGGCGUUAGCCAAACAAGGUCGAAGGGAUGUUGCACAAUUAUUGGUUAAUGGGAAAGAGCAUAAGGCUCAUUAUAGAGUUGAAUCUUUAAUUAAUGAUGAUAUUCAUAUUGAACUAUUAGAGAUAUUGGAAUUAUAUUGUGAAUUAUUACAUGCAAGAGUUAUGAUAGUUAAUGGGAUUGAAAAUGAGGCACAGAUGAUUGAAAAACACAUUGAAGAUGGUAUAGAUGAGGCGAUAAGAUCUUUGGUUUAUUCUACGUUACAUGUACCAGAAGUUAAGGAAUUAAGUCAACUAAGGGACCUAAUUGCUAUGAAAUUUGGCCCUGAUUUUAUAAAAAUAAUUAUAGAUGACCAUCUAGGAGUACCAGAAAAAGUUGUAAAAAAAUGUUCACCAAAAUUACCAACUGAAGAUUUGGUUGAGUUAUAUCUAAGAGAAAUUGCAAACACUUAUGAAAUCCCAUACAAGACGUUAGAAGAAUCGGUCAUUGAUGAAAAAGCAGCACUCGAUGAAGGUGAUGAAAUCUCUAAUGAUAGUAAUGACAAACCCAUUGUUGCGGGAGAGAAUGAUGAAGAAACUUUAGUAAAUGAUGAAUCACAUCCAAUUACAAUUAGGAAACCCAGAACGAACAGUGAAACUGUAAAACAAGAUUUUAAAAUCCCUGAUGAAAUGAAGAAAGAUGUGAAACUAAUACAUUCAACUGCACCAAUUAAAAAAAAUACUGAAGAGGAUAAAUUUGAAGAAUUGAAGAAACGUUUUGCCGCACUAAAACGUUGA